AUGUCCUCCUCUUCCACUCCUGCUAGUCGACCAUUGAACAGGGGCGCCGCCUGUUUGCCAUGUCGCAAGCUCAAGGCGAAAUGUGACGGCAAUAAGCCCGCUUGUGGCCGAUGCAUUGCCAACAACAGACCCGACGACUGCGAAUAUGCAACUGGUGCCGAGGUCACUCGGUCUCGUCUGCUCGAGGAGAACAUUGCUCUUCUCGAAUCCAGAAUCCGCGAGCUCGAGAACCCCACGGAGGGCACGCCCUCCGUUCAGCUCCACGACCCGCGCAGACACACCGCUGCACCAUCCCAGACCCGCACACCAGCCUCAGCACCCAGCGUUGCGCUCUAUCCCGUGGGAGUGAUACAGCCUGCCGCACACAUACCCGAGCCGACGCUACAGGAGGUCCAAGUGCUCAUUCAGACGUUUAUGACGCAUGCGUCGCAGCUGGGCUUCUUCCUCAACCCUACCCGAUUCCUGCAUCGGACCCAGAGUCACGGCCCCGCCAACGACCCGCUAAUGAGCGCGGUCCACCUCUGGGGCAGCCGGCUGUCGAGCUCGAACACGCUCCGGAACCGAGAGACGUACUUUGCGGAGCGUGCUACGCAGGCCGCCGCUACGACUACAUUGAUGCCGCAGACAGGAGCCCCGGGAAAUGGGGUCCUGCACACCAUCCAAGCCGAGGUCCUCCUCGCCAAUUACUUUUUCGCUACCGGUCGCUUGUUGGAGGGCAGGUACCACUGCCUUGCGGCGGUCGCGCUCACUACUGGGAGUCGAUUCCACCAGCUGGAUAUUCGCACAUUGGGCGGUGACCCGAUCUCCGCAGGGGAGAAGAUCCGAGCAUUCUGGACGGUGGCGAACGUCGACACGGUGUGGGCUGCAGCGAUGAACACGCCUUCCUCUAUCUGCCAGAACGGCAGAGCCGUGAUCCAAGUGACGACGCCGUGGCCCCUUUCUUGCGAGGCGUAUGAGCAGGGUCUGCUGGUGCCACGCCAUGGUGGAAACUAUUCGAUGGAAGACUUCCUAAGGGGCGCGGUAGACGAUUCUAGCGAGGAUUUCUCGUCGCUCGCUCUCCGUGCAAAGGCCGGGGCGCUAUACGACCGCGCCAUCUACGUCUCCUCACAGUAUCGUAUUGAAAUGCCUGACCGGAACGACUUUGUGAACCGUUUCACCGCACUCGAUAACCACAUUGAGAGAUUCCAUCGGAAGCUUGCUGCGAUCAGGAAUCGUGGACCCGACGACAUGCGAGAACUGCUUGUGUCACGCACCUUCGCGUGUGCUGCGUCUAUCCAACUGCACUCGGCCUUCUCUAGCUCCCAGCCGAUGUCGUGGCAGAAGACUGUCGGUGUUGCUAUCGCAGCUAUCCGAGCCCUAGACAUUGUCGACGUCAACCAGUAUCAGCAUCUAGAUCCCGUAAUUGCGAUUCUGUGGUCGACUAUAUGCAAGGUGUUGAUCGGCGAAAUUAGGCGGCUCAGGCAUAGCGCUGGUCCUGUCCGACAGGACGACUUGACGGGCCCCACCUCGAGUCUGGAUAGAAUCACCGCCGCCAUGGCGAUCCUGUCUACUACAUGCCCUCUUAUGGGUUCGCUCACAGGCAUCCAUCUCGCCGAGGUGCAGCAAGCUCGAGCUUCUCUGAACUAG